AUGAACGCAGUUGGGCUUGUCCGUUACUUCCGUGGAGGCACGGAAAACCUUUUUGGGCAAUUUUUUCAAAAUGGCUCGAUCACAGACGGAAACUUCAUUGACAUGAUCGAUUUUAUUAUUGACUCGGAACCGCGGGCCCCUAUCUCAAUCUUUUCAAACGAAACUGGAACCCAACUCUUAGCAGGUCCUCAGAUUCUUGCGAUUGGUGACUAUGAUAUCUAUCCGACCCCUGGUUCUACCAUUCAACUCACCAACGAUGAAUGCAUCCGACGAGUCCCCUCGCGUAUCACAACUCGUGCCGCUACUCCUAGAGAGUUGGCGUUCCGCAACGGUGUUCGUAACCGGGAUGGAAUGUGCGUCAUUUCUGGCGUGCUCAAUCGUUCCCUCUCUAUCCCUGGUAUGAAAACUUCAUGGAGAGGAUGGCAGUCCGCACAUCUAUUUCCACUUGCCCGUGUGUCCCUCUGGGAUGAUCUUCACCUUGAUCGUUUUAUCACAGAUCAGACUUUUGGAGGUCAUCGAGCUGGAAUCAACUCCAUCCAAAAUGGAUUAUGUCUCCGUAAUGACAUCCAUGACCAGUUUGAUGACUUUGAAAUUUCCAUCAACCCCGAAGAUGGGUAUAAGAUCGUCGAUUUUGGAGCAAAUAACAACAAUCUCGACGGCAGAAUUCUGGACCCAGUGUGCCGCAAUCCGCAAGACCCUAAUCGCGUCUCUGACGACCUCCUACGAUGGCAUUGGCAACAGACCCUUCUCCGCCGUAUGAAGGGGUCAGCUUCUCCUGUUUGGGAAUAUGACUUUCCCGAAGGGUCUGAUAUGAUCGGUGAAAUCCUUCGCGGCCCACUACCUGGUGAACGUAUGGAGGCAGAGCUUUUCGCUCGUCUUCAUCACAUGAUUAUCGACGAUUAA